AUGUCAGUAAAGCUUCCUAAGAGGCUGAGCAGCAAGAGGAGAAAACCUCCAAAGGACAAUGCCCAGGCAGAACUUAUACAUAACCUGGGCCUGGAUGCCUUCUGGAAUGCACCACUGGAUCCAGCUUCUAUGCUGGACAUCAGCACUUGGAAUCUGGAGAACCAAGCUCCCCUGGACUCCAAAGAUCUGCCAAGUGCAUUCCUCAGACGUCUCUGGUUGCUCAGCCAAGAUGCAAGGAGUCCUUGCUGCAAACCUUCAAGCGAUGCUCUGACUUCUUUAGAUACAUCACCUGAGAUGUUAAAUGUAGGAGAAAGCCAGUGUGCCAUCAACCCCCUUGAUCUAGUUUCAGCCGUCUUUAUGUCUGCCAACCCCUUCCUUCAGCAGGAGAUUACUGUGCACAUGGUGCAGUGCCAGUUUGCUGUACCCCUGGUCCUGCCAAGUGUAGAUCCAGAAGAAGCUAGCCGCUUCCUUCUAUGGCCUUUGAGAGGUGUUGUGAGCCAAUUGCUGGAAAAAAACGGGAAGCUCAAAGAGGGGAAUUUGGCAAGUACAUAUAUGCCGAUCGUUUCUUGCGUGAAGCUUGGCCACUGUAAUGUCUCCAAGUCAAAGGUGCUCAACCACAUUCUAAGUGGACCCAAAUCUUGCAAUGACACAUUUCUACACAGGGGAAUGGAUGGAGGUCAGCUGCCUCGAACACUGUCCAAUGGCCUGGUAGAGAUUGGAUGGCAUCUACCGACAGGGGAUACUGCCAGAGAUGGAUUCCCUGUCCCUGUGGCCGUCUCUAACCUACGCGGUGAUGCCAGUAAGCAUGAGGGAUGCCUGAACCUGCUAUGUCAAGCUUCUUCUGUUAUGAUUGUUUUCUGUGGGACUCUUAAGGAGAAAGAUAAACAACUUCUUGCUUCCUGCAGAGAUAUGGCAAGCAAGCUCAUACUGAUUGACAUUUCAGACACAGAGAAAAAUGAGCACAGCGUUGUGGGGUUUGUUGGAAUAAAUCUUGAACAAGACAUGGGGCUACCUGAAGGUUCAGUGCUGCAAGGGGACGGUUUGAGUGAGGAGGAACUGGCUGAUAGGAUCAAUGACAUCCUGAAAGAUCUGUUACCAGAUAAACUGAAACUUGUUACACUAGAGGCAGCAGCAGAUUUAGCUCUGGAGCUAGGCCUUAAUGUGGAUGAAGGGACUGUCUGUAAAAAGGCAAUGGCCAAAGUGGAGAAAGUAUUGGAAGGUUUGGAUGAGGGAUCUGCUCAAUUCAGGGAGAAACAGCUUCCUUUGCAGGGGCCUUGGUGGAGUAAACUGGCAGAAAUUGAAAAGAUGGAGAGUAAACAGAGAAAAGAAGAAAUUCAAAAUUACCCCCAACUGCAAAAAGAAAAGAGAGACAUCUUGGCUGAGCUGAAAAACUACAAAAUAACCCCAGCGAUGAAGACUUUUACCGAUGCACUUUUCACAAUAGAUAAAGUGGAGAGAACUUAUUUCUUAAAGUGGAUGAAACUGAGGCUUCAGUCAAAGCAAACGGAAAAGCAAAACAUUCAACAAGAUCUGAAGACAGAUAAGAAUAAUGGCAUGCUUGAAUAUUCUGAUUACCUCACACAUGGAGCCGAUGGAUAUUUAGAGGACAGCGACACUUUCUGUUCAGAUUCAACAUUUGAAGAGGACACCUGGUGUUUGCAGACUUUUGAACCUGAUCCAUUGUCACUGGGGCUUGAGCACUUUUUGCGUGAGAUGGGACUAAUCUUUGAGCUGACACACAUCAGCCACAGAAGUAGGAACCAGAAAGUGUUGCGUCUUCCCAGCUUAGCUGUAGACCUGCUUUUUUACGGCGUUCCACUUGAACUAAUGGAUGGAGAUGCUUCCAACAUUCCCACCCGCUGGCUGGGAAGCAUCUUUGCAGAACUCAAACGGCGCCUCCCUCAAGAACAAUGUAAGACCCGAGUGCUGACUAAUCUGGGAGUACAUCAUGCAAAGAAUGCUGAGGUUCUUUCUUCAUUAUUUGGGGUGAAAUUCCCUGAAGGAGGCAAAAGAUCAACAAGAGGGGUGUACAUGGGUGCUCUUCGUCUCCCCGAUGGCCUUAGAAUGGACAUGGAGUGUGACUUUCUUUUGUUAAUUGAUGUAGAGGGUCUCUGCCCGGCCUCUCAAGACAACAAAACAAAGAUCCAUGACCAUGAGAUGGCCACUGUUGCCGCGGGAUUGAGCAAUGUUUUAAUCCAAAAUAUCGCUUCAGAUGCAAGUUCUGAGUUGGAAACAGACAUCGCUUUCAUAGUCAAUGCUCUUCUCCGCGUUAAAGCAUGUGACUCCAUGCCCAACUGCCAACUCCUAGUCCAGGAUGAAGGAAUAAACACCCUAUUACAAGCAUCACAGUUAAAGCGUGUAUCUGAGAUGCUUCAGACUGAGAUUGGGAACAGAGGAACUAACAAUGAUGAACAGCCAAAUACAAAGACCAUAAGCUGUAUCACCUGUGUCAAAGGGCCAUGGUCCAAUGUGUCUCUCUCUGAACCAGUCGAGACACAGUACAGUGAGGCUGUGUUAACGCUUAAGAAAAACCUCUUUGGGGCAUUGAAGAAAUCUACAGCCACAAGUCUGUCAGAAUUUAUGAUUCAUUUGUCUGCAAUCUGGGAUGCGGUAAAAGAAGAAUCCUUCUCCAUUGGUUUGCAAAAUACUGAAAUAGCUUUAGCCUUCUCUGUAUUGUGCACAGAGUUUUCCCAGUGGAAGACUAGUUUCCUGGAGCACAUGGAAAACUGGAUUAUGGGGGCAGGAAAGAAAAUCUUUGCCACAAAAGAAAAGGCUCUAGAUGCUGAAAUCCAAAAUGACCUUCUGAAUGAGUUGAAGGACGAAGGCAGAGAGGAGGUCAAAACAGAGGUGGACAAACUCAGGUCACAAGUUGAGGCCUACUUGAUGAAAGAUGAUGUUUUGAAAGAGAGAACUGAAACAUUCAAGCCAAUCCUCAUGAGCAAUAUGAGUGACCUCCAGGAGAGAGUAACUGAAGAGAUAACCCAAAGGUUGGCGAGAGUCGGGGAGAGCCAUUGCUCUUCCAUACAGGUGAAGAAAUUUGAGACGGUACUGGAAAAAGAACAAGAGUCCAAGCUACGCGCACUGGUAGAGAACAGCCUUUCAACCAAACUCCUUCUUCAAGAUGAACAGCUAGAAGAGGAGUUUGAGGGGGUGUGGAGCAAUAUGCUGUCCAGCUUUGACUUCAGGCCUUCAGAGACAGAUGAUAUAACUGCUAGAGUGACAGAAGUUCUGAGACUGAAUCUGAUCAGCCGGGGUCUCCUGAAACACAUACUAAAAAUUGAAGUCAUUGGGCAGAACGAGACAUCCAGCUUCCAAGUUUAUGAUGAGCACUUUGGAUACCGCAGCAGAUUAAAGCACAUGUUUGAGGACAACAACAGACUACAGAGGGUAGAAGCUCAACAGGUAGCAUGCAGUGUGAUAGAAGAAUACAAACAAUUUGUAGCAGAAAAAUCUGUCCUACCAGCAGAUUUUUCUGACAACUACAUAAAAGAAAUGUUAGGAAGCGUUGAAAAAGCUUUGAAGGAAAAAUGUAUGGCAAUCAAAUCAGCGUUUGAAGUUGAUCUGAAAGUGUAUCUCUGUAGCUUAGCAUGCCAAGACUUCCAGAAAGUGCACGACCGCUUUGCCAAAGACACAGAGCUUUUGACAUUUAUCACUGCGACUAAGAGUUCAUACUUGGCAAAGUUUAUCUACCGGUUCAGGAAGAGAGAUCAGUGCCAGAGGGUGGCCCAAGCAUUCACCUCCAUGAUUAUCAAACCGACAGUAUUGGACUAUAUCUACAGACCACUGGGGUUGCGCAUUGUAGAAGAAAUUCAAGCUAAAGAGCAGCAGUAUCAGUCCUCAUGUGCCUUCAGCCAACACUUACUGGAACAGCUGAUUCAUGAAGACCGCUUUGAAAGCUUUCUGGAGUACCUGCUUUCCUAUGACAGCUUCAGACUGAGCAAGAUCCAGGAGACAGUGGUGGCUCACCUCUCUGAAUCACCCAACUUGGACAAAUGGAGGCAACAGAGACUCGGAGAAAUUGUGGGAAAGGUUGCAGCAGCGGUGAGCGAAACAGCGGAAGGUACAAAUGGAAUCCUGAGUGAUACAAAGCCUCUGCUGGAGAGAGUGUGCCUCAUUUUAGAGAGUGAUGGAAAUGUGCAGGUCACCAGGGUCUCUCUAGACGGACCCCUCUUCAGUAUCACCACAGAAUGGGAUCGUUUCGUCACAUGUUUAAUGGAGUUACUGGCUGCGAUGCGAUUGGAGCUUGCCCAGGAGUUCUCCCAAACUAGGGAUGUCACCGAACUUCUUCAUUGCCUUCCAAUUCAGCCCCAUUACUCCCUCCUGGACAGAGUGAGAGGCUGUGAAAAGCAAUGUCCUCUCUGCAGAGCCCCCUGCGAGGUGCAGGAAAAAGGGCAUGAGGUUCACAGUGCUCUGCUCCACAGACCCAAAGACUUGCUGCCUUAUGACUUGUCCUCUGUGUCUUGUCGUCCUGAAAGCAUGAUUCUGAGUAACCCAGGCCAGAAUGAGGACACAUGCAAGAACCUCCUCUCCCGCUGCCCAGACUGGAACAUCUACUCUGAGGACCCAGACAGUCAGAUGCCCACUGCUUACUGGAGGUACGUGUUGGUGAGGUACAAUGACAAGUUUGCAAAGGAAUAUGAGAGGGAGCCGACAAAUAUCCUAGAGGAGUGGAAGCAGAUCACUGAGGAGGAGGCUUUACUCAGUCUGAGGGAAGCAUUCCUCACUGAAAAGUACUGA